AUGAAAUAGCUUUCACUUUUGAUAUUUGAAUAUUUGAAGACCAAGUUUCAGCAUGUCGCCACAAAGCAGGUGAAAUAUAAGUAUCAUGUAACUAAGUCUUUGUAUCACAGCUAGAAAUGGAAUAGGGAGAGUGUAUGAAUAUCAUGAGCAAUAAAGGAAACAAGGUUAAGAGCACUUACAUUAAUUUUUCAGUAUUAAACCUGUUUUUCAAAUAAUUUGAACGGAUCGGAGUAGUAAUUUAUUUUAUUGUGAUGAUUCUCCAUUUUUCUGUAUUCGGAGCAACUAGUGAAGAACUUAUAGUAUAUGUAGUGCCUCUAACAAUGCAUUUGGUGCUAUAAAUAUCCAAAGCUCUGUAUUUCGAUCACAUCAAGAGAAAGGAGGACUUCGUUGUCAAUGGCCGAAAGGUGACUCGUUUUCGUAGACUUCGAAGAGACAAGCCCAAAUAAUUGAUCACCCAGUAGUAACAACAAUAAUAAUCAUCCUUCAAAAAGCCUAAAACGUCGUUAUAUGAGAAUUGCUCAUGGGAUUUGGUGGAAUUGGGUGAUAUCAUCUAUUUAAAACGAAAUGAAAUUUGCCCAGCUGACAUGUUGUUGUUGGAUGUGUCAGAUGAAAUUCUUUAAGUAUAAACCUAAAAUUUCAGAGGUCAAACUAUGGAUCAGACCAGGUAUCCGACGCAAUUGACAAUGUUAAAGAAUGGGCGGAACAGAUUGUAAGGGUUUGAUUACAAGAAGCUAUUAACAGGUAGUAUUCAGUACAACAUUCAGGAUGAUUAGAUAUUCGGAUUUAUUAAAUUGAAAAAGGAUCCCAAGGGCGAGCAAUUUGAGAAUAGAAAUAUCUUAUUCAGGGAAGAGUAAUUGAAGACAUGUCAAUAUGUGAUUGGAGUGGUGUUGCAGACUGGCAACAAUUGUUUUUGUUACUAGAACAUGGAGAAGUAGGAGAAGAAAUCCUUUUUUGUUAAGAAAUCCAGUAUGUUUUUUGCACUAACUCUCGGGAUAUCAUUGAUAAUAUCAAUUUUCAGUUGGUUUUUAGCCUCCUUUGCAGCAUGUUUACCAUACAAUCAAGCUGAUUUUGAUGUCAUCACUUUAAUUUUCUAUUUGCUUCAGUAUUUGAAGACUACUCCAAUAUACUUUUAUAAUUGCAUUGACUUAAUAGAAGUAUUAAAUGCACACCUCAAGUUUACAAAAUACAAGGGAUUCCAAAGUGCGAGCAUAGAUUAUCUGUAAUUAAAUCCAGUAUCUGUUGGAGACAUGGUAAUGACAGAAUAUGUUUGUUUCGAUAAGACAGGUACGAUCACUACUGGAGAAUGUAAGAUUCAUGCACUGAUUGUGGAAGAUACAAUGUAUAAGUUUAGUUACAACAAAAUGAAUAAAAAUCAAUGGAAUAUCUUUAAGGAUAACAUUCAAAACUAAAUCAAGCAGGAUCCAAACUUUUAGAUGGAAGAAAUUGAUGAGUCCGAUCUAGAAAUUUAAUCUAAAAAAAUUAGACAUACAGGAAUAUUCAAAUUGACUAUUCAACACAGAACUUCAAAGAAGAUACCCAGUUACGAAUCAGGGAGAUAAGACUUGGCUAGUAGUAAAAGUAUUGCCAAUCCAAUGGAUGAUGGAGAUGGGGAAUUUGAGAAUAUGAAAUUGGAGGAUUUUGAUGACACUCAUUACAGAAUCACUCCUGAACUAUGUACAAACAAACCAAAGCCAUUUUUUAAUAAAAAAGCUAUUGCUACUGCCCCUGUCUAAGUAGGUGUUAGUUAAGGGGGCAUGCACUAACUUCAAGAGGAUGAAAUGCUUAUUAAGUAAUCAUCUUAUAAGGAUGAACAAAGAUCAUUUGAUAAUAAAUCAAUAAUGAGUAGGAAGGUACUCGAGAAUUCAUCAAGAGAUAUGAAGAGAUAGCAAAGUAUUAAAAAGUCUAUGCAAAUGGAUAAGGUUGCUGAGGAAGAUUUGGAAGUGAUCUUUUCUAGAGAGAAUGAUUUCUAUAAGCAUCUUAUUCAUGGAUUGAAUAAGUUGUUAUAUUAGGAAGCCAUUUUAUCACUCCUUUUGUGUUAAGAGAUUGUUUCCAGAUACUCUCCAAGUGAAGAUCAUUUCAUGCAUGAUUCAACUCAAUUCACAUUUGAUUAGGAACUGUUAAGAUUUGUAAGUCUGUUGGACAUUAAAUUUUUAUGUUGCAAUGAAUUCAAUGGCAAGGUAGUCUAUAUAAUUGAUUUCUUUGGUGAAGUGAUGGAAUUUCAGGUUAUGGCCAACUAUCAUAAUGCCACUCAAUAGGGAGUUUUAGUGCUAUAUCCUGAUAAAUUGCAAGAGAAAUUUCUAUUGAUUAAUGAGAGUGAUCCAAUGGAAAGUUUACAAUACAUAUUUAUUAUGAGAGAAGAAACCAAUUCAUUGCCUGUCUACAUUGAUGUUGAUAAAGGAAGCAGGGAAUAUUGGGAUAAGGUGUUCCAGAAAUUACAUAUGUGUGGAAUGAGAUCGGUAAUCUAUUCAAAAGUGUACUUGAAAGAGAAAGAUGCAAGUCUGUUUAUGUCUCGUUAUCAAGGAGAAGAAGGAAUGAAUGCUUUUAAUGAACUCUCCAAAGAUAUGCAGAUAAUCCAAGUUGUUGGUGUCAAGGAAUAGAUGCGAAAAGACACCAAACCUUUGAUUAACCAAAUGAAACAGGCCGAUCUGAGUUUGUAUCUCUUGAGUGGAGAUGAAAUCAGCAGAGUGUUGCCAAUUGCUUUCAAAUCAAAAAUAGUCAAUCAUCAUGACACUCUGCUGUACUUAGACAAUGAGAAUGCUAGAGUGGUGAUGAAGAACCAUCUUACGAUCAUCUCACAAUAACUUAAAUUAGAUGAACAGGCCUCGUCCAAACCUCUGAGAAUGAGCACUCUUGACAAGUAUCACAAGACUUUCACUUAAGAUGAGAAGUAUACAACCUAUCCUGAUAUCAAAUCCUUUAGCAUUGUUUUGAGCGGUGAGUAUUUCAAUGACAUCCUCUCUGACAGUUACUUAUUGUCUCACUUUAUGUUUCUGCUUUAUUUUAGCAAUUCUUUGGUGGCCUAUAAAUUUAAUUACAAUCAGAAGGCUAAGAUCAUCAAUAUUAUCUAGACUUCCUUUAUUGGCAACAAACGGGUGUUGGCUGUUGGUGACUCAUUUAAUGACAUACACAUGUUUUGCCAAGCCAAUAUUGGAGUGCAGUUUUGCCAUUUCCCUAUGUAGAAUCAAUCUUAUUAGAGAGGCAAUACUAAAUUAAAGUUAAACAGAAAAGUCACUUCUAAUAAAUUAUUGGAUAAUCCCUUAAAUCGUAAAUUCUUAUAAAAUGAAAUGUGGAUCAUACCCACAGCUGAUGUUUGUUUGAAGGAUUAUGUUAAUUUAAGUGCCUUAAUGUUUUUUGAGAGCAGAAUAUUUGCUGAAGUCUAUGAUGAUUUAUUAGUUUUCUCGUUUUAUAGAUCAUUACUUAUAAUUUAUAUAUUAUUUCUCUAUUAUGCAACCUAUUGUAGUCAAAACAACACUAUAUUUACAGGUACUUGGCUCACUGUAUAUUAAAGCAUCCUCUUAUUUAUUCAAUAAUUAGUAAGUUUGAAAUCGAAAAUGCAAAGAUAAUAUGAUAAGGACUCAAUUACCUACAUAGAAUAAUUCAAGAACAACAUCAAGAUAUUCAAAAAGAAGAAGGUCGCCUCCUUUAUCCUCAAGAUCAACGGCAAUGCCUUGUUGGACGCAGCCUUGCUCUACAUAUCCCUAAGAAUAUUGGACGAUAUCCCCAUAGAUACCUUCAAGCAAAUGCUCUUAAUCUUGCUGAUACUCAGCGAUAUCGUUAAAUUAAUUGUCUCCACCACUUACAGCAAAUACGCCUGGAUUGCCUUUAUCAGCACAUACUGCUUAUGCUGGCUGCUAAUGGCAAUUCUCACUGCAUACUUCGACAAUAUGGAAGGCUUUAUACUCAUGUUCACAUUGCCUUAAACUUGGUUGGCUCUAUUCUCCUAUGUUUUUACACAAUACUGUCUUAGUAGCAUCAUUGAGAUGAUCCAAUCCCUCUUUUGUUAAUCCCUCAUUGAUAAAGACCAAUAUGAGGAGGUAUAGAAUUUCAUCGUGAAACCACCCAAAAACGGUGCCAAAAAGUAUCAUAAUUUGAUCAAAAGAUUUGCAUAACUGGCUGGAAAGGUGUUUAAAAAGAAUAAGGAUGAGAUGGACAUUGCUAUAUAGGAUGUGAUAUGCGAAUUGAAGGUGAAUUCUGAUAGGAUCAACAAAUUGACCCUAAGAUUUCUGAACAAAGACACAGAGAUGAAGUUUAAAAGGAUGUCCAAAUUGAGGUGGAUCAAAUUCGAAAAACUCAAAUUAGGGUUGUAACUAAUCUUUUUGGAAGUCUUUGCUAUAAUCAUAUAUAUAUUAACCUACAAAACUGAUGUUCAAACCAGGACUUACUUCAUUAUAUAUAUCCUGAGUAUAGGUUGCUAAUCCAUUUUGCUAAUAACAAUAUUUUCAAGCAUCUACUUGAAACAUUUCUUUUAAAUCAAUUUAAUUAUCGCUUGCAUUAGACUACUAACCAAAAUGGUUUCUGAUUUUGCAUAGGAUGGAACCUACGACAUCUUAUUGAGUCAGUCUUACAUCGUGAUCAUAAUCUUUUCGAAAUUGCACAUCCCAUUGAUUAAUUUUAUAAUAGCCACCUUGUCCAUUGUAGGGUUCUUUCGAAAAUACUUGGUUGGUGAGGAUUACUAUCAGAUAAUCAACGGCAAUUUGAUAGUGUUGAUAACUCUUAUACUAUUCAUAUCCUUGCAAUACAAAUUGAAUAUGCUGGAGAAGUAGGAUUUCAUGUUGACUGCAACACUCAAUUAGGAGACCACGCAAAUGACCAAUGUUCUGUCCAUUCUGUUGCCCAAAUUCAUUCGAGAUAGGAUCAAUGCAAGUAAGAUAAUAAUAUGAUAUUUUAAGAGGGAAUGUAUGAAAUACAGGAGAAUCAAGGAGAAGUCUCAAUUUUGUUCUGUGACAUAUGUGGAUUUGAUGAUUUGAUUGCAGUUGAGAAGGAGAACAUUGUUAAUCUAUUGGAUAGUCUAUUCAGAGGAUUUGAUGCGUUGUGUGUUUCAAAUGGGAUGCAAAAGAUCGAGACUGUGGGGAAGACCUAUAUGGCAGCUGGAGGAUUGAGAGCAGUGGAUCAAGGCACAAAGUUCAUCAAUCAAAGUGCUGUGAAAAGAGUAAAUUCAUUAUCAUAUAUUCGAAGGCAGUUUAAUUAUCCCUUGAGAUGAUGGAGUAUUCCAAGAAAUUCAAGUUUGGAUAGACUGGCAAUGUAAGAAUAAAAAUUGGCAUUCAUUAUGGCAGAGUGAUUGCUGGAGUUAUUGGACAUCACAAACCUCAGUUCUCAUUAAUUGGGGACACAGUUAAUACAACCAGCAGAGUGUGUUCUACUGGGCAAGAUGGAGAAGUCACCAUAUCCAAUGAAGCCUACAUGGAAUUGAAUAUGCCAGAUUUGUAAUUUAAUUAGAGGAAAGUCAACGCUAAGGGCAAAGGAGAAUUGAUUACGUGGCAAAUCAUCACUCAGAUUAAGAGAAAUACAGAUAAGAAAGAAAGGAAAAAGAAGGGAUUGAUCCCUAAAUUCGAUUCAAGUUAAUAGGAUCAAUAAACAAUGAACAGAUUAGAUCCUGUUACUCCAAAGACUGAACAUCGUUAAUUAAAGGUACCUUAACAAUCGAAAUAAUUUGAUAUGUUGACUAGUAAUUCCAGUCAGAGAAUUGAGAAAUAAUUAUCUUAAGAAAAUAAUUCUAAUAGUCAAAUAUUUUUGAAGGAUUCAUUGUAAAAGGAUUUGGUUCCUAUUCGAAAAAGAGGGCAACGAGGUCCUACUUUAAUUAUGAAACAACAAGACAACAGAUCAGCCUUAGCUCUGCAAUUACAACAUUCAGGCAGUUAGAAUGCGAUCCAAUAAACGAGUAAUAGGAAUCUUCCUCCGAUUGUUGUUUAUUAGGCUGAAGAAAGUGCCCAUUCAAACAACAAUUUCAGAGAAGAGUCAUUUCAUGAAAAAAAUCAAACAAAUCUACUCCAUGAUCUAUCCUAAAAACUCAGAAGAGAUUUAUACAUUGAAAUGAUUGAUGAGUCACCAGAUUAUGAAAUUGAAAUUGAGAAAAUACAAUUUGAUGAGGACGAGCAAUUUGUUAGUGAAGCACUUUAGUUAGAGAAAUCAAAAUUCUACCUCGAUUUCAAAGAUAGCUAAAAGGAAUUGGGUAAAGAAUUUAUGGAAUAAAAGGAAGGUAUUAACAUAGUCUUAAUCCUAUUAUUGCACUUUAUUUAAUAUGUCUCCAAGACCUUAUCUCUACUCUUUAUGUAAAAUGAACCUAAUUGGAUGGCUGUCUUUGUGAUACGAUUUAUUGUCUCCACUCUUUUGUUGGUAUUAGCAAUACUGCAAAAUAAGAAAUUGAAACAUCGCUUUUAUAAGUAUGAAUAUUUCUUGACUACUUAUAUUGCAUUGUUGAUCAGCAUAAUAUUGGAAUUCAUUAUCCUAACUAAAAAAUCGGUUGAAUUAUAAGCAGCAGAAGGAAUCCUACUAAUAUGCUUCUUCUCUUCAAUACCAAAUAUCUCAAUAAAAUUCAAAAUUUGCUUUAAUUUCUGUUUUUUUGUGGCUCAAUUGUUGAUAGUCUUAAUUAAAUACAAAGAUUUAUCCGUAGCUUAUUACACUGUGUUUUAAAGUUGCAUGACCUUCAUCAUUCAAUACCAUUUAUUCUUCUAGGAUCUAGGUACAUUUAACAACAAAAGAUCUCUAGAAACUAAGAAACUGCAAACUUAAAAUUUGGUGAAGUAUCUACUACCUUCUCAUAUACUGAAAUAGUUCCUAUCAAAUACAAAUUAAAGAAUGGUGUUGGUUGAUUAAUUCGAAGAUGCCACAUUAUUAUUCGCAGACAUCGCUGGAUUUACUGAAUAUUCCAGCAAAGUUGAACCUGAACAAGUAGUCAAUAUGCUUAGGAAUCUAUUCACUGAAUUUGAUAAGAAGUGCUUAACUUAGAAUGCAUAUAAAUUGUAUACAAUUGGAGAUUGUUAUGUUGCCUUUGGUAUAGUUGAUGUAACACAAAGAAACCCAGCGUAGGAAGCCAGAAAUGUUGUCGAAUUGGGAUUCCAAAUGAUAGAAACUAUUAGAUAAGUGAGAGCCAUCAUAGGGUUUGAUGGAUUGGAUAUGAGAAUUGGAAUUCACACAGUAAACUAUUGUUUUAAUUCUAUAGGGUCGUGUGAUUGGAGGAAUUUUGGGUACUGAAAUAGUGCGAUAUGAUGUUUAUGGAGCAGAUGUAAUGAUUUCGAACAAGAUGGAAUCCAAUGGAGAACGUGGCAAAGUCCAAGUAUCAGAAGAAACUAAGCAAUUACUUGAACAAAGUUUCCCUGAUCAAUUUCUAUAUACUUUCAACAAAGAAGUUGAAUUUAAAUGGAUUAAUCGCAAAACUAAAGGUUACUUCAUUGAACCAGUCAGAAAUGAUAGCAACGAUGACUUUGAAGACGUUAAAAACCUAUAAUUAGUUAAAGAAAUGGAUUAGCUAGAUUACGAUAGGAAAUGA